AUGGAAAAGAAGAGAUCGAAAGCAAAUGCUGCUGUGAAAAGUACACGAAAAAGUCAACAACAAAUUACUAUGGAUGCUGUUCAGGCCCUUAAUAUGCUCUCUGCAAAACUUUCUGACAACAAAUAUUUUUGUGGAGACAAGCCGUGUUCAUUAGAUGCUCUUAUUUUUGGAUAUUUGGCUCCUUUAUUGAAAACACCUCUUCCUAAUGACAGAUUACAACUUCAUUUAUCUGCUACCCCAAAUUUAGUUCGUUUUGUUGAGUCAAUUUUAAGUAUUUAUAUGCCGUUAAAUGACAAAAUAUUGAGAGAACAGAAAAUAUCCAAACCAAUUUGGCAAAAACGAAAAGAAAAUGCUCGCCGUUUAAUGGAAGAAGGACGUGUUGAAAAAGAGAUGAGAAGAAAUGAGAAAGAACAAUCACGUCCAGAUUCAACACUUCACAGAACUUUAUUUUUUGGAAUUGCUUGUUUAACUACAACAAUUUUAUUUGCUUUACAUACAGGAAUUAUUGUUGUAGAAAAAGUUCAAAUUAAAGAGAAAAAAGAAGUCGGAGGAAGUGAAGAAAAGGAUAAAUAA